AUGGAUGGUAUCAGACUAAGUCUUAAGAAAGUGGUAGUUAAAGGCGUACAUGGCAGAUUCACGUCCGGGCAGCUGGUAGCUAUUAUGGGGCCUUCUGGCGCUGGGAAAAGCUCACUGCUCAACGCACUGUCUGGAUACAGGUCUGCAGGGGUCGUAGGAGAGUUUCUGGUAAAUGGGCAACCUAGGGACGAACAGCUUUUCCAGAGGUCUUCCUGCUAUAUCACCCAAGAAGACCUGCUCCAGCCACUGCUUACAGUUCGAGAGACUAUGGAUGUAGCGUCGAGCUUGAAAGUGCCUAAGGGAUGUAAAGCACCUUCGGAAGAAAUUCUUCAGGAAUUGGGACUAUUGGAACAUCAACAUACGAAGACUGAGAUGUUGUCUGGAGGACAGAAGAAAAGGUUAUCAAUAGCGUUGGAACUGGUAAACAACCCUCCCAUAUUUUUUCUGGACGAGCCAACGAGCGGUCUCGAUACUGUCACAAGUACACAGUGUGUCAAAUUGCUGAAGCAGUUAGCGAGGCAAGGCAGGACCGUCGUGUGUACAAUACAUCAACCCGCUGCCUCACUGUUAGAGCUAUUCGAUCAGGUGUACGUGCUAGCUGACGGACUGUGUAUAUAUCAGGGUGAUACAUCAGCCAUGGUGCCUUUCCUUCAAAGCGUUGGUAUGCCUUGUCCUAGGCAUCAUAAUCCGGCCGAUUUUAUUAUUGAAAUGACGGAACACCCAGAGUACAUAAAAUUAUUGUCCGAAGAGAUCAUGAAUGGAAAAGUUUAUAAGUCAGCAAAACUAAACGAAACCCCCAAGGAGCCAAUAAACAAUCAAAUGGAGUUAAAAGUUUGCUACGAGAACCCGGAUGCUCAAGAAACACAGAUAAUCCUAUCGAAUCAGGAAUGCAGUUACAAAGCAUCAAAGUAUGACGGGUCGAGUACCUCUGUAAGUUCAUCGUCCAGUCACUUGUCCAACGGUGAUUCCUCUAUGGCAUGGAUGAAAGUACAAAAGUCGAAUACUUCGGAAUAUGCAACUACAUAUUGUGAACAGUUCUUUAUACUACUGCAGCGGAUGACGAAACAAAUAUUUAGGAAUAAACAAGGUAUAAGCAUCCAGUUUGUCCACCAUGUGAUGUGUGGUUUACUAGUCGGCGUAUGUUUCUGGAAUAUGGCUAACGAUGGGACGCAAAUGUUUAACCACCUCAAGUUUUGCGUUGGACUCGUCAUUUUCUUCGCGUAUACUCAAAUCAUGGUACCAGUUCUUGUUUAUCCGCAAGAAGUAAAACUAGUUAAAAAAGAACAUUUUAACUGUUGGUAUAGCUUGACUCCCUACUAUGCAGCGCUAACAGUGUCAAAGUUACCCAUCCAAAUAUCAUUCAACAUUAUGUUCUGCACCAUCGUGUAUUUUAUGGCUGGUAUACCAUUCAGCACGGUUCGGUUUCUGUGUUUCUGUUUGGUGGGAAACGUGGUGUCAUUGGCGGCAGAGGGCAUGGGCUUAGCUAUUGGUUCCGUCUUUAACGUUAGAAAUGGGUGUGCCAUCGGUCCAUCAGCAAUUGCACCAUUCCUGGGGAUAGCUAUAUACGGUUUUGAUUUCGCACACGAGAUCCCUCUUCUAAUGAACAUUCUUAUGAAGAUGUCUUUCAUCAGAUGCGGCAUCGUGGGCAUGGUUCUCACAAUCUUCGGUUUCGGUAGACAACCUUUGGAGUGUAAAGAUAUAUCCCUAUGUUACAUCGGCCUUAGGUGGAGGUUCGCUACGUAA